AUGGAGUUGGGCAAGGCAACACCGGUCGCACCACUGGACAAUGCGACCGCUGCACAGAUCGUCUGCCGGUUUUACCGCCUCGGUGUGUGCCGGUUCGGCAAUGCCUGCCGAUUCAUUCAUCCAAACGCCUCGCCGGGCGAUGAAACGGGUGGCAGUAGUCACGGCAGCAACCCGCUAGACGAUGAUGGUGAUGAUGGUGGUGGUGGCGGCGGUGGCUGUGAGCUAGUUCGGGUAAAGGACCCAAUCAACGACAUGGCGCCUGGGCUGGAGCCAUCCGUAUUCGACCUGUCCAAGUGCGUCAAUGCGCCCGUUUUCGUGCCCCAGUCUCGGUUGGUCGAUAAGCCGAACAUUCCGGCCCAGUUCGAUGAUGGGAUGCCGGAGGACGAAGAUGACGAAGCGGAUGAGGCAGACGAAGCGGAAGAGGCAGAUGAGGCGGAUGAGGCAAACGAGGCGGACGAUGAAGAAGACGAUGAUCAGAACAACGAGGCAAAUGAUGAAGAUGGAGAGGAGGCGGGUGCAGUUGGGCACGUGGCAUCGCCACUCUCAUACGCCAACGUUGUCACGAUGAACAACAACCACAACGGGCAUGAGGGAGAGCCUGAUCCUUUGGGAGAUCGAACGCAAUGUUUUGCGUGUCUCUGCUCAUACUAUGAGAUACAUGGUCAGUGCCCGCACGAGAACUGCGUGUACCUGCACGGGGAACUGUGCGAGCUGUGCCACAAGUACUGUCUGCUUCCAAGCGACAGAGAACAGCAGCGGCAGCAUCACGCCGAUUGCAUCAAGCAGCAUGAGCGCGAGAUGGAGCACGCGUUCGCGGUUCAGCGGUCGACCGACAAGACCUGCGGCAUCUGCCUCGAGGUGGUGAUGGAAAAGCGAGUUCGCGAGCAGCGCUUCGGCAUUCUGCCCAACUGCAAGCACACCUUCUGUCUCAGUUGCAUCCGCACCUGGCGUAAGGCCACUAACUUUGCCAACAAAAUCAAACGAGGCUGUCCGACGUGCCGUGUACCGUCGGAUUUUGUGUGCCCAAGCUUCGUAUGGGUCGAAUGCGGUGCGGAGAAAGACCAGCUGAUCGAGAACUACAAGAAGGCGUGCAACAACACCGACUGCAUGCACUUCAAGCGCGGUGCCGCCUCGUGUCCAUUCGGCAACAAGUGCUUCUAUCGCCACGCGCUGCCUUCCGGCGAGCUGGUCGAUCUGGGAGCACCUUCCCGGCGCCGCAAUCUGGGACGGCGCAACCGCGAGUACGAAGAGCGGGUGCAGGUGAUCCAGUCCAUCGUCGACGCCCUGCUGAUGAGCUCGGUGCACUCCGAUUUCGACGGUGAUUCGGAGGACGAAGCCAACUUGUUCAUGCAUGAGUACGGCUUACACAUCGAGUACUCGACCGACGGCAGUGACGACAAUUUGUUCUAA